CAUCGGAAGAAUGCGAAUCAUCCGAAGAUGAACAUCAGGAUGAACAAGCCUCACCAACAAACAAAACAACUCAGGGAACGUGACAAGAUCCGUUACAUCACCAUGGGUCUACAGAGCGAGGCAACGAGGACCAGUCUCACUUCCUACUACAUGUCUACUGGAUGUGACUGUCUCACUCUGAUCAAGCUGGCACGACAGAUCGAACCUUCUCAGAAACACCGUGAUCCAAACUGGCGUCAACAAGGAGCCAAGCCAAAGGACUACACGAAGAAGGAACGUCAGCAAGGCUUUUCGUCCACAUCACAGCCUAAGUAUUCAUCUCGGCAAAAUGGUGAGAAACAUUCUCCUACUUCCACCAAAACAUCGGACAAAUCAAGCCUAAAAUACAAAGACCCAAAGGACUACACCAAACAUCAAGACAAAGACAAGAAACACAGCUACACUGCUUCAAUAAGACACGACUUACCAUCAGGACACCCCGUGAGACCCGUCAUUGAGAUUCUUGUAAACAACACACCGGUCGACGCCCUCGUUGACACGGGUGCAGACAUCUCAAUCUUAAGAAAACAGGAAGCAGAGCUUUGGGGUAUUAACAUAAAACCAUGGAGUGACUCAGCAAUGAUCGCCGUCGAUAACGAGUCCAUGCCGUUCGGCGAAGCCGUCGUGGAAGUGAAGUUAGCGAACACAACUGUUUCUCUUCAAGUUGCUAUCGUCACUAACAUCAUAUAUCCUUUCAUACUUGGUAGCGACUGGCGCACAUCUGCCAAGCUUGGAAUCACCGUUUGGCCUAAUGGACACGUCUCCAUCCAGUCACCUCCAAAGUCCCACCAGGAGAAGAUCUUCAACAGCAUGUUCUUAAAGAAAGACUUCCUCCAGGAACUUUCUCCAUCUCACGCUGAAGAAUUUCAACCCAUACAGGAAAGGAUCUUCUACAACACGACAUCCAAGGAUCAAGACACUUCGACAGACAUCAAAACACAUCACAUCCUUCACGCUUCCAACAACGUGCAAGUAAACAACAACAAAGCCUCGACAUCAACGUGUUCAUCAACACAACGUAAAUCUACACCAAGGAACUGUCCAUUCCCACUUCUCCCUGGCCCCAACAUCGUGGCACCCCAGGACGGCCCCAACAUCGUGGCAUCCCAGGACAAGGUGAAGAUACCAUCUCGUCAAGCAACAUCAGUCUCCGCAAGAACAAGUUCGUCAAACAGUUUUCCGGCGAACAGCAGUGUUUGUGAACGUGUUAGUGAAUUCCGCAAUGUUGUCGACCUUCAUAGAACACAGCCAUCACAGGUAUGUGAAAAUGUCAUGUUGCAUAACGACGAAAAGGAUGAGUCAUCUGACCUCUUGCUUGUGAAUACCGCACAAGUCAAUGACAUCAUUCCUUUGGAUAGGGUUGUUGUACGAGAGUCAGAUGCAAAAACUGAAGCACAGCAUGCUGAAAUCUUGAACUACUUGGACAAACUUAGAGACAAAGUAACCUCAGACAUAAAUGACAGCUUAAGAAACUCCAUGACAUCAUUCUUAAGCACGCGAACGUGUUUUCUAAGCAAAAGUAUGACAUCGGAUUUUGUCCAAAGACCGAACGUUGCAUCGAUCUCUCUGACAGCAUUCCUGUUCGCGUAAAGUAUUACCGCUACUCAUGGAAUGACAGAAAAUUCAUCAAGGAAGAAAUCGACAACUGGCUUAAAUUAGGUCUUGUUCGAAAAUCUGAGUCUCAUUACGCUUCCCCAGUUUUCGUUGUUGAUCAACCAUUCCAUCCGUCAACACCACGCAGACUUGUUGUUGACUACCGUAAGCUAAAUGGGAAAACCGUCAAAAGAGUGUAUAGUAUGCCUCGAAUUGAUGAUACUGUUGACAGAGUAGGGAAAUGCAAAUACUUUUCCACUAUGGACAUAAAGAAAGGUUACCUAAAUAUCAAAAUAAGGGAAUCUGACCAGCAUAAGACAGCUUUCAUUACACCUGACGGUCUUUACGAAUUCGUUCGAAUGCCUUUUGGUCCAACUGGUGCUCCCGCCACUUGGCAAGCAGUAAUGGAUGAAGCCUUUCAUUCCCUCAAGUGGAAGGACGUUGUAAUUGUCUAUUUCGAUGACAUCUGUAUCUACACUUCCACCAUAGACGAACAUCUCGAUGUUCUUGACCAAUCUAUGUCCAUACUGGAAAAUUAUGGUUUCAAAAUCGAGAUCAAUAAGUGUCAGUUCAUUCAGACCCAUAUAAAGUUUCUGGGUUACAUUGUAUCUCAUGAGGGUAAACUGCCAGAUCCGGAGAGGUCAGCUGCUGUUGACAAAUACCCCGAUACAUUGAACACAAUACAAGACGUAAAGA